GACGCUUGAGGAAGAGGGAACUCCCACAGCAACACAGAGACAAAGAAAAGAUUAAUAAAACUGGAUUCAUCUCUCUCUCUCUCUCUCUCUCUCUCUCUCUACCUUCUCUUCAAAUCUUUAACCCCCAAAAACCAUGCGUUCAAUCUGUCUAUCCUAUUCUAGAAUUCUUUCCCGUCGUAUUUACAAUCCCUCAUUUAUCUGUCUCCAAUCAGUCCACAGUUUUCAAAGGAAUGUCAAACGGUUUCAAAUUCUUCUCGGGAAGUAGCCAAGGAAACCCAUCAUCUUCAGACCCAGUUCGCAAAAACCUCGUUGAACAGAAUGCGCAACCGAAUGGGUUCAAGACUUCUGUGUUUCGUAUUCUCCGGCGAUUCAUGUCUGCAAGUAAAAUUGAUGGUGGAUCGCGGACCGAAGCAGAAGAGAAGGUGUACUCAUGGUUAUAUGCGUUGGCACAGUCGGAAAAAGACAUUGUGUUCGAGUAUGUUCGAUCUACUGAAAGGGGCUUGAGCUUCACUGAAGCUGAGAGACGAUUGCAGGAAAACGGCCCAAAUGUUCCUGUUGAAUACACUUUUCCGAGCUGGUGGCAUCUUCUGUGGAAUGCAUUUUUUCACCCUUUCAACAUUAUUUUGAUCGUUUUGUCGGCACUCUCCUACAUAGCUGAUGAUGCUACCAAUGGAUGCAUCAUGCUCGGGUUGGUCUUCAUUAGUGUGUCCCUCCGAUUUUACCAGGAGUAUAGCAGUUCAAAGGCAGCAAUGAGGCUCUCUGAAUUUGUAAAAUGCCCAAUUAAAGUACAAAGGUGUGCUGGAAGAGUUGUUCAAACUGAAUUAUUGGUUCAAGUUGAUCAAAGAGAUGUUGUUCCGGGCGACAUUGUCAUUUUUGAACCGGGCGACCUUUUUCCUGGUGAUGUUAGGCUACUAACUUCGAAGCACUUAGUUGUAAGCCAGUCCUCAUUAACAGGAGAGUUUGGAACAACUGAGAAAACAGCUGACAUAAGAGAAGAUCAGAGCACACCUUUGUUAGAUUUGAAGAAUAUAUGCUUCAUGGGGACAAGUGUAAUAUCAGGUAGUGGAACUGGUCUAGUUGUUUCCACUGGACCCAAGACUUAUAUGAGUACCAUGUUUUCAAAUAUAGGGAAGCAUAAGCCACCAGAUGACUUUGAGAAAGGGAUUCGGCGUAUAUCUUAUGUUCUUAUCAGUUUUAUGCUCGUAGCAGUCGCAGUUAUAGUCGUAGCCGAUUACAUUACAUCUGAUGAUUUGACUGAGAGUAUUCUUUUUGGGAUCUCGGUUGCAAGUGCACUCACUCCUCAGAUGCUUCCCCUCAUUGUGAACACUAGUCUUGCCAAAGGAGCACUUGCUAUGGCCAAAGAUAGGUGCAUCGUCAAAAGCUUAACUGCCAUACGAGACAUGGGAUCCAUGGAUAUCCUGUGCAUGGACAAGACCGGUACUCUUACCAUGAACAGCGCAAUGAUGGUUAAUCAUCUUGAUAGUUGGGGCUCAACCAAGGAAAAAGUUUUAUGCUUUGGUUUCCUCAACUCUUACUUCAAGACUGAACAGAAAUAUCCUUUGGAUGAUGCAAUUUUGGCCUACGUAUUUACAAAUGGAUAUAGAUUCGAGCCAUCCAAGUGGACAAAGGUGGAUGAGAUACCUUUUGAUUUUACACGAAGAAGAGUAUCUGUCGUCUUGGAGACUGAUUUGAAUGUCAAACACAAGAGCAACCAUACCCUCAACAGGAUUUUGAUAACUAAAGGAGCACUAGAAGAAGUACUAAGAGUUUGCUCCUGUAUUGAACAUGUUGAUAGGGGUGAAAUUGCAAAUUUCUCUGAAGAAGACCAUCAGAGGAUUCUGAAUAUGGGAGAAGAUUUAAGCAAUGAUGGACUGCGGGUUCUAGGAGUUGCAAUAAAAAGGCUAGAAACGCAAAGAAGAAGUAGUACUGGGAUCUAUGAUGAGACUGUCGAAUGUGACAUGGUUUUCCUUGGCCUUAUCUCUUUCUUUGACCCACCAAAAGACUCUGCUAAGCAAGCACUUUGGCGGUUGGCAGAGAAGGGAGUAAAAGCUAAGGUAUUGACAGGUGACUCGCUCUCCCUAGCAAUACGGAUUUGCAAAGAAGUCGGCAUCAGAACCACCCAUGUCGUAACAGGUCCCGAUCUUGAGUUACUCAACCAAGACUCCUUCCAUGAGACUGUCAAAAGAUCAACAGUUCUGGCCAGGCUCACACCCACUCAGAAACUUCGAGUAGUGCAGUCAUUGCAGACAGUUGGAGAACAUGUUGUUGGGUUCUUGGGAGACGGAGUGAAUGACUCUCUCGCCCUUGAUGCGGCCAAUGUGGGGAUAACGGUGGAUUCAGGAGCAUCAAUUGCAAAAGAUUUUGCUGAUAUCAUCUUAUUGGAAAAAGACCUCAACGUCCUUGUCGCUGGAGUUGAGAGGGGAAGGCUCACUUUUGCAAACACGAUGAAGUAUAUAAAGAUGUCCGUCGUAGCCAAUGUUGGAAGCAUUCUUUCUCUUCUCAUCGCGACUCUGGCUCUUGGAUAUGAGCCAUUGACGCCACGCCAGCUUGUCACACAGAACUUCUUGUACAAUGUGGGUCAGAUUGCGAUUCCAUGGGACAAUAUGGAAGAAGAUUACGUGAAAACACCGCAGAAAUGGUCAUUGAAAGGCCUAGCCACUUUCAUAUUAUGGAAUGGACCUGUUUGCUCUCUCUGUGACAUAUCAGCCCUUCUGUUCAUUUGGUUUUACUACAGGCCCGAUUCUGAGCCACUCUUCCGUUCCGCUUGGUUUGUCGAAGGGCUUCUCAUGCAAACCCUGAUUAUACAUUUGAUCAGGACGGAGAAGAUCCCCUUCAUUCAAGAGAUCGCCUCGUGGCCUGUGAUUUGUUCCACGGUUGUGAUAUCUGCGAUUGGAAUUUCCAUUUCGUGCACAUCUAUUGGAGAUGUGAUGGGUUUUACGACCUUGCCGCUGUCGUACUUUGGAUUUUUGGUUGUGCUUUUUAUAGGGUAUUUUACAGUGGGCCAGAUAGUCAAGAGAGUUUAUAUUCAUGUGUACAAGACAUGGCUCUAGAUAAAAGAUCAAAUUCACAUUGGAGAAACCACAUACAAAAUUUCCUCCUUGUAUUAUUUGAGAGUGCAAGAAAUUGUAGCCCCAAUGCUUUCAUAGCAUCAUUCAGGUUUUGUGUGAAUUGCAUCUCUUUGCUCUUACAA